UAAAUACGUCACCAACUAUACGCCAUUGAUUUCUUGCUUUCUUCUCCUUUCAGCUAUCCUCCCUUUAUUACUCUUCUGUCUUGCUCCGACAUAACCAAAUUCCUUCAAAAUUAAGGAAAAAAGAAAAUUAGAAGGAAGACAAUAUGAGUUUCCAGGAUCUUGAAGCCGGUUAUGUUGGGCCACAGCAAGACAACUACUUGAACUCAUCUCAGCAAAAGUUGAGGCAAGAAAAAGGAGAGCCUUCGCAGUCGGUGGUGGCCGGGAUCUUCAAAAUACGAACGGCUCUUUUGGGCUUUGAUCGUCUUGUUAAUUCCCUUGGUACCCCUAAAGACACCUCUGAAUUACGCGACAAGUUGCAUAAGACAAGGCUACAUAUAGGGCAAUUGGUUAAAGAGACUUCAGCUAAACUCAGGGAAGCAAGUGAAGCGGAUCAGAAUGCAGAAGUUAGUCCCUUGAAGAAGAUCGCGGAUGCUAAGCUUGCGAAAGAUUUUCAGUCAGCUCUUAAGGAUCUUCAAAAGGCUCAAAGGCUUGCGGCUGAGAAGGAGACAGCAUAUGCUCCUUUGAAUUCCAAAGAAGUUGUUCCUCUCAGUUAUGCUGCCCAUGAGGUGGAGGUAAAUUCACCCAAGAGACUAGAACAGCAAACUCUUCUGGUAUCAAAAAGACAAGAAGUUGUGCUGUUGGACAAUGAAAUCACAUUUAAUGAAGCUAUUAUUGAAGAAAGAGAUCAGGGGAUCAAAGAAGUUCAGCAACAGAUUAGUGAGGUGAAUGAGAUUUUUAAAGAUCUAUCAGUUUUAGUCCGUGAGCAAGGAGCCAUGAUUGAUGACAUUGGUUCCAACAUUGAGAAUUCCCAUUCUGCAACUGUGCUAGCUACUUCACAUCUUAAAAGAGCAUCCAAGAUCCAACGAGCAAAUUCUUCUACAAGGUGUUUGCUGGUGUUAAUCUUUGGGAUCAUUCUCCUCAUUUUCAUCAUAGUUGUCGUGGCUUAAGCAGCGAAGCAUAAAGUUGUAUGCAGCAGUGCAACCAAAAGAUUCUGGUGGUAUGAAGAUCAGAAAUUAUACAGCCAUGUAAUGUAUACAAGUAUUUUUUUUAUGCUGUGGUAAGAGCCUCCACCGAAGGCUCUUAGCUCUACAGCAAAUCAUGUAUAUAGAUUGCUCUCCACCCCUUUCAUCAUUAAUAAAUCUUAAAAAAAAUUUUACAUCUUCCA